AGCUGGACGAACAAUCUCCCCUUCAUUCCUCUUUCUUCUUCCAUGUUCAAAGACGUGCAAGAAAUGGCCUUUUCAUGUUCUUCUCCAUCCCCAUUCUCACAUUUGACCCUUCUCUCCAUUAAUGAUUUUUACCACUACUUCCAUUUUUUAAUUCAAUUUCCAUCAUACCCAUAUAAAUAUAAAUACCUACAUUUCAAAACAAGGAAUCAGUUCACAGAUUGCUUCCUUCUCCAAGCUUCAAGAACCCUUUUUUAAUUUCCUAUGUACGAGUAUUACAUAAUCAAAUCAGUCAUCUGCCAUUUCUACGUGGUGGUCUUUAAUCGUCGAGAAGGGAUUUAGUGGUCGUUGUUGUAGUUGUAUCAAACUUUUCUAAAACCCACCCACCUCUUUGCUUAUUCCUUUUCACGGAUCCGUAUUCUCUACGUGCACUUCUCUUGUACACUAUUUAUACUUCUCUUCACUUCAAAACCCACUUCGCUGAAUCAUUUUACUUUUGUUUUAGACCCCCAAUAUGAGCUCUCAAUCGACUUUAUCAUCCUCCGCCGCUGCUGCUGCUGCUGCUGGUAGUGGUGGUGGUGUUCGGAUGAAGCAGUCUCGACGAUUGCCUGAUUUUCUACAAAGUGUGAAUCUUAAAUAUGUGAAGUUGGGUUAUCAUUAUCUUGUGAGUCAUUUAUUGACUCUCUGUUUGAUCCCUUUAACGGCGGUCAUUGUCGUUGAAGCCUCUCAAUUGAAUCCGGAGGAUAUUCAACUCCUCUGGCUCCAACUUCAAUACAAUCUCGUUAUCGUCGUUGUCUGCUCCGUUUUUGUUGUUUUUGGAUGUACUGGGUAUAUUAUGACUCGACCCAGAUCAGUUUAUCUCGUUGAUUAUGCUUGCUAUAAGCCUCCAUCGAAUCUCCAGGUCAAGUUUCAUCAAUUCAUGGAGCAUUCCAAGCUAACUGGAGAUUUUGACGACUCCUCGUUGGAAUUUCAGCGCAAGAUUCUGGAGAGAUCAGGUCUCGGAGAAGAGACUUAUGUCCCUGAAGCUAUGCAUUACCUUCCACCAAGGCCAUCAAUGGCCGCCGCAAGGGAAGAGGCAGAGCAGGUGAUGUUUGGUGCACUGGAUAUUCUCUUUGCCAAUACCAAUAUCAAGCCAAAGGAUAUUGGUAUUCUUGUUGUAAAUUGCAGCUUGUUUAAUCCCACUCCGUCUCUUUCUGCUAUGAUUGUUAAUAAGUAUAAAUUGAGGGGCAAUAUCUUGAGCUUCAAUCUUGGGGGAAUGGGCUGUAGUGCUGGGGUUAUAGCUAUUGAUCUUGCUAAGGAUUUACUACAAAUUCAUAGGAAUACUUGUGCUGUUGUUGUGAGCACAGAGAAUAUUACACAAAAUUGGUAUUUUGGGAAUAAGAAAUCAAUGUUGAUACCAAAUUGUUUGUUUAGGGUUGGUGGUGCCGCAGUUUUGCUCUCAAAUAGUUCCACAGAUAGGAGGCGGGCUAAGUACAAGCUUGUUCAUGUGGUUAGGACCCAUCGUGGAGCUGAUGAUAAGGCGUUUAGGUGUGUUUAUCAGGAGCAGGAUGACAAUGGAAAAACUGGCGUUUCUUUGUCAAAGGACCUAAUGGCAAUUGCAGGUGGAGCACUUAAGACCAACAUCACCACCUUGGGACCCUUGGUUCUUCCAAUAAGUGAGCAACUUUUGUUCUUUGCAACUUUGGUUGCCAAGAAAUUGUUCAAUGCCAAAGUGAAGCCUUAUAUCCCAGAUUUUAAGCUUGCAUUCGACCAUUUCUGCAUACAUGCUGGAGGAAGAGCUGUGAUUGAUGAGCUUGAGAAGAAUUUGCAACUUCUGCCUGUACAUGUUGAGGCAUCAAGAAUGACUCUGCAUCGGUUUGGUAACACUUCAUCAAGCUCUAUUUGGUAUGAAUUGGCUUACACUGAAGCAAAGGGCAGGAUGCGAAAGGGAAAUCGAGUGUGGCAGAUAGCUUUUGGAAGUGGUUUUAAGUGUAACAGUGCAGUGUGGGAGGCUCUGAGGAAUGUUAAGCCCUCUACUAGUAAUCCAUGGGAAGAUUGCAUUGAUCGGUAUCCGGUGAAGUUGGUUCUGUAGUUCCAAACAACUUGGUUAGAAACUCAAUGUAAAGAAGAGUACUGUCAUAGAUUGAGUGGAAACUACUCUGCUAGUUUGUUUUGGCCUGCUUAUUUUUCCUUGUUAGGUGCUUAGGUAAUGUGUGAUUUCAUCUCACAAGUGAUAGUGUCUCACAUCGUUUCUCGAGCAUUAACAUGUCAUACAAAAAUGAAAAGCUAAAUCUCUGUUCUAAAUUUAAUGUUUCUGUAAUCAUAAUGCUCAAUGUCUGGACAUGGUGUGUUUUAUUAAUUUGAUGGGUAUAAACAUGUACAUUUAGAUA